UUCUCGCUGUCUGCUUCAUGUUACUCCCCUCCCCACCGAGCUCGACCAAGGGCACCCACCCCAAUCCAUAUCCACAGAGUAGCGGCAUGGCAGAUCAGCUUGCUGCCGUGCCGGAGGAGAGCGCCACCGGCUUCACAGCUGACUACCCACCGCGCAACAUCUACCUCAACCGGAUACGGACAGUCCCCGUGUCCGGAGCGCCGAUAAGAUGGACUGUCUUCCCCCGUUCCCAGUCAGGUCGUCAUAAUGGAUCCAGCUGCUCGAGCGACUCAGGUGCCUCAAAUUCUAACCCCUCCAACAAGUCCAGCAGCGGAGCGGCUCCGGCGUUCGCCUUCGCGGCGGAAAUGGAGGACCACGCGCUCAUGCGGAUCGCUCGCGAAAUGGUCCGUGACGGCUACACUCAGCACAUGGUCCAGGCGUUCCACGACGCAUCUCCAGCACCAGGGAAUCACGCCCUGAAUAAUCGGUUCCUGGACCUCGACGCGGACUGGGUUCUCCAAAUCCACGACGAGCAUGGCUUACGGAGGCUCCUCCAAGAGAAGCCGGCGUCAACCCCGCAAGACUUCGUCGAGAGGUGGAUCCGAGCUUUUACCAUAAACGUCGUCAGUAUCACUGAAUUGGUAUUCGCGUUCCACGAGACGCCGGCGGUCGCACGGUUUGGCAAAGCGAGCAUCACCCAGAUGCUCGUUGUCGUGGAUGUCAUUAUCACCAUUCUCAAAGCAGAGAAGCUCCAGGCUGUGCUAGACAUGUUUACGUGCGUCUGCGGUGCAUCGUACAUGUUUACGCCGGUCGUCAUCUCUCCCGAAGCCCAAAGCACUUUCAACGAGAUAUCUCCCUCGUUAGAGAGAGUAGCAAAGAGCCUAAGCGAUGUCAUCUCAAGCACCAUGGAGGAGGUGAGGACACUCGUGGAGGAAGAUGACUCAUGGGCUAUUGAGAUCCCACGAGGAGGUGGCGAGAUUCACAACAACACUCGGUUCAUCAUGGAUUGCAUAGCGUCCAUGACGAAAGCACAGAUAUCAAUGCAAAACUCCGCACCUAACCACGACGCUAGAAAUCUUCGAGACCUGAAAGAUGACACAAUUGAUUAUCUGGAAGAUAUGCUCUUAAACAAAUCGGAGUUGUGCUCAGAUCCAAGCCUCAGGUACCUGUUCUUGCUUAACAAUUUCUAUUUUGUAGCGCAGGCGUCUGAGCCAUCAGCAUCAUUACCUCCUGAUUUGUGGUUUAAACCUACACCUGAAUGUGAGAAGUACAUGGAUAGCUAUCUUGGUGUUUCUUGGGGACAUGUCUUGUCCUGUAUACCCAAAUCAAAUUUUCAUGGACCACUCCAUGCGGUCCAUCGUUGGAUCAACACCUCUUCACUGGCUAAAUUCCACACAGCGUUUAAUAAAACGUAUCAGGCUCAGAAAUUCUGGAAGGUUCCAGACCCCCGCCUAAGAUCCUUACUGCGGGAAACUAUUACCAACAGGGUCAUUUCGGCUUACAACGACUACCUGAAGGAGCAUCCCGAGCUAGAAAAACAUGUUAGCGGCGGAAGCAGCAGUCCUACUGUUUUGGGGGAGAAGUUGGGACAGCUAUUUGAAGGAUGAAAACUGCUCAAGGUCCGAACGGAAUCACCUGACAUAUAAGAGACAUGAGCUAUUGUUUAACUGUCGUAUUUGGGUUGUUUUUCCUUCGAAGUGAAUGUUGUAUUUUGAGUUUUGCUUCUUGUUUAAUGGCCAUAUAUGUCAUUGUGUA